AGCCCUUGCACGGAAGCCAUCUUCAAAUUUGCAGGUGGGUAUGAAUCUUUGAUGAAUUUGGAAAAGGGUAGGGAAGGAAGGCCUAAUAUUGCAAUUCUUUGAUCUGGGAGCAAAGGAGUGGAUCAAAGGAUCUAUCAUUAGGCUAAAACGAGGGUUUCUGUGUGCACAGCAUACUAUUCCUCUGUGCAUACUCUCCCUUUAGCUCCGAUUAUCCUCUUUCUUCAUAGGAUUUUUCGGUGACAAGGCAGGCAAAGGGAAAAGAUAUGGAACUCUCUAGAGCCUGUCUUUAAAUGAAAGAUUCUAAACUUAAUCUGAGGAUUGAAUAAGUUCAGCUUGUUCUUAGUUGGCAUGUAGAAGGGUUCAAAAACAAGAGGGAGUGGUGUGUCAAGGCCACAAACUCUGGCUAUGGGAGCUUCCAAAUGCAAACCAAGUGUACAUGUUGAGCAUAGUGGUGGUGGGUUGGGAUGGGUGUUCCAUCUCAAAAUUGCAGUAUCAAACUCAAAAAAGUGAAUGGUUUAUAAUUUUAGAAAUUCAUGAUGACCAUAUUUGUGUGUAAUGUUAGAUAUAUUGCAUGCCUCCAUAUGCAGGCCAUUACUGAGUUCAAUUAUCCUUCAAAUGAAAUGGGAAGUAUAUA